UUAAUAGCACCUCGAAAUCCCCUACCAAAGACAUAAACAUCUCUCUCUCUCUCUCUCUCUCUCUCUCUCUGAAGAGUUUUUCAUCAUACUUUUAGGGUCUUUGCUGAGAUAUUUUUAAUUUUAAAAUUUUUCUCUCUUUGUUGUGGUAGGAUUAUUGGGUGCCUUUGAUUUUUAUUUAUUUUUAAUUAUUAGUUUGUAAAUGGAAAUGGGUGUUGAGGGUGCAAGCAUGGGAGAAGUUUCAGUUAUUGCAAAAGGAGAUGAGUGUAUAGAUCUGCCACCUGGUUUUAGGUUUCAUCCCACAGAUGAAGAGAUCAUAACCCACUAUCUUACAGAGAAGGUCUUGAAUACCAGCUUCAGCGCAAGAGCCAUAGGAGUGGUAGAUUUGAACAAGUGCGAGCCUUGGGAUCUACCAAGUAAGGCUAAGAUGGGAGAGAAGGAAUGGUACUUCUUCUGUCAGAGAGAUAGGAAGUACCCAACAGGCAUGAGAACAAAUAGGGCUACAGAAGCUGGGUAUUGGAAGGCAACAGGCAAGGAUAAGGAGAUUUACAAAGGAAAAGGUUGUCUUGUUGGGAUGAAAAAGACUCUUGUUUUCUAUAGGGGAAGGGCACCCAAAGGAGAGAAAACCAACUGGGUCAUGCAUGAAUACAGGCUAGAAGGGAAAUUCUCUUACUACAACCUCCCUAAAACUGCAAAGGAUGAAUGGGUUGUUUGUAGGGUGUUUCACAAGAGUACAGGCGUUAAAAGAAAUCCAAUCUCUGGAUUGUUGAGAAUGAACUCAUUUGAAGAUGAUCUAAUGGAUUCUCCUUCCAUGCCUCCUCUCUUGGAUACUCCUUUUUUCAAUCCAAACAGGCCCAGUACGAGCUUCUUCAGCGAUGAUGAUGAUUUCAAAGGGACGUCGACACUGGCAGCAUCAAGACCAUCCAAUGGAAUUCAUCUUUCCUACUUAUCUACAGCCAUGGAUAAUCAACAAGAUGACAAGAUCUUUCUGCCCAACAACUACUCAAAUCUCAACCAUCAAGGAAACCCAUGCGUCCCAUCUCCAAACUCAAUUAUCUACCCUCAGAUCUCGCACCCAAACCACAUAUUGUCCCUUCCAGGAUCAGCAAACUUUGGUUACUUGCAUCAGGUCAGGAACAAUCCAACCCCAAGCUUCCCAACCUCUGGCUUCAAAGCACCUGAUCUUGCAAUGCUAAGAGCAUUAGCUGCUACCCAGGAAUCAUCUGGAUUGAGGACUCAGUGCAAGUUAGAGCAAUUCUCUAACCAAUCGAUGGUUUCGCAGGAUACGGCGGCGAGUACUGAUGUGAACACAGAGAUCUCAUCUGUGAUCUCAAAACAUGAUCAGAUAGACAGAAACGGAUGUGAUGAUAAUCUUGAUGGACCUCCUUCAGAUGGCCCAGUUGAUUUGGAAUGCUUGUGGAAUUACUGAAAUAAUAUAAGAAGAUUGUUAGAUUUUCAAAAGGCUUCUCCUGUUCAGUUGUCAUAAGAGGAGAAGUGCAUUUUAGUUCAGAAAUGUUUGUAUAGAUUUCAGAUGUGUAGACCAUAUAGCUUAUAUUGUUAUAGAGAAAUAGAAUAGAAUAGAAAGGUCAUGAAUAUAACACUAAUGUACAUGUAUUCUUUUGUUGAACAUAACCCAUCUCCUGUGUGUAAUUUUGGUGCAUUCUUUCUUCAUUGUGGUUGUUGUUGUUGUUGUUAUUAUUGUUUUGAAAUAUUAAAUAGAUGGCCACAUGGGUUGGUUUUAA